AUGGGUUCUAAUCCGGGAAUGACCCCAGACCAAAUUGCGCUCAUCAAGGCGACAAUUCCGGUCCUCGUCGAACAUGGCAACACCAUCACGACUGUCUUCUAUCGCAACAUGCUCGAAGCCCACCCGGAGCUGAACACCGUGUUCAACACUGCCAACCAGGUUAACGGCCAUCAGCCUCGUGCGUUGGCAGGUGCACUCUACGCAUAUGCAUCGCAUAUCGAUGACCUUGGCGCACUAAGCUCGGCGGUUGAGUUGAUCUGCAACAAGCAUGCCUCUUUGUAUAUCAAGCCCGACGAUUACCAGAUCGUUGGCAAGUACCUCCUCGAGGCCAUGGGCGAGGUACUCGGCGAGGAGUUGACCCCCGAAAUCCACGAUGCAUGGGGCACAGCCUACUGGCAGCUCGCCGAUAUCAUGAUCGGCCGCGAAAAGCAGCUUUACGAACACGCCGAGGGCUGGACCGAUUGGAGAGAAUUCAAGAUUGUGAAUAAAGUCCCGGAAUCCGAGGAAAUCACAUCCUUCUAUCUCGCCCCGGUCGAUGAAAAGCCACUACCGGCCUUUCAGCCCGGCCAGUACAUUUCCAUCCAAACCUACGUUCCGGCUCUCAAGUACCCACAAGCUAGACAGUACUCUCUCAGUGACCAGCCGAAGCCGGACUACUAUCGUAUCAGUGUGAAGAGAGAACUGGGUCUCAGCCCUGCCGCUCCGGGUGCUGCCGCCCAUCCGGGUUACAUCUCCAAUGUGCUACACGAUACAUUCAACAUUGGCGACAAACUCAAUGUUUCUCACCCCUACGGCGACUUUUUCCUUACCCCCGUCGACUCGGAAACCGGUAACCCGAUCGUGCUAAUCUCCGCUGGCGUGGGCUUAACGCCGCUGACGUCGAUUUUGAACACGUUGAUUUCCAAAUCGCCCGCAACGCGCAAAGUGCAUUUCAUUCAUGGCGCACGUUCAUCGGGCGCGCGAGCUUUUAAGAAGCACAUCUCCGAGCUUCCAAAGCAAUUCCCCUCCAUUCGAACGACAUUCUUCACUAGCCACCCAUCCGAGGGAGAGACGGAAGGUGUAGACUAUGACCAUGUCGGGCGGGUAGAGUUAACCAAGUUGGAGGAUCAGGACUUGUUCCUUGAUGAUGCAAAGACAGAUUAUUAUAUCUGUGGACCCGGACAGUUCAUGACUGAUGUUGAGUCGGGUCUCAAGGUCAAGGGCGUGGGGGCCGAUCGCAUCAAGAUGGAGUUGUUCGGAACUGGAGGUAUUCCUCAUUGA